UAGGAAACCUCGAGUGCAGCCGUUUCAAACACGAGCUUCAAUUUCACAACAUCUUAAACUAUAAACAAAUCACAAGAUCAUUUUUACUUUCUUGAUGGAGGCACUCAGCAUGGAAGAUGAAAAUAAACAGAUGCAGGAAACCUACGGAGAGAUGGUCGAUGUCGAAGAUAAAAGAGCAUUGGUUUGCGACGACAGCACAACAGAAGGGGAGAAAAGCAACCUUUCAUCAGCCAGCUUCAAUGUAAUAAACUCUAUCAUAGGCUCCGGGAUCAUUGGACUACCUUAUUCAAUGAAACAAGCUGGUUUUCCUUUCGGAAUACUGCUCCUUUUUCUGGUUGCAUAUGUAACAGAUUAUUCUAUUAUACUGUUGAUUAAAGGAGGGAACCUGUCUGGAACAACUACUUAUCAAUCUCUGGUGAACAAAGCUUUUGGUAUAACAGGUUAUUUGAUCCUUUCAUUCCUGCAAUUCGUGUAUCCUUUCAUUGCUAUGGUAAGCUACAACAUUAUAUCAGGAGAUACAUUAACAAAAGUAUUCCAGAGAAUUCCAGGAGUGGGUCCUGGAAGCAUAUUAGCUGACAGACACUUUGUAAUUAUGCUAACAACCAUUCUGCUUACUCUUCCAUUGUCCUUGUAUCGCAACAUUGCUAAUUUAGGAAAGGUGUCAUUUUCCUCACUUGUUUUAACUAUUGUCAUAUUGGUAAUAGUUAUAGUCAAAACUGCAACACUUGGACCACACAUUCCAACUACAGAAAAUGCCUGGGCAUUUGCACAGCCAAAUGCAAUACAAGCAAUAGGAGUUAUGGUAUUUGCUUUUGUUUGUCAUCACAACAGUUUUCUAAUUUAUGGAUCGUUAGAACAGCCUACGAUAAACAAUUGGUCUCGUAUCACUCAUGUGUCAGUAUUCUUUGCCCUGUUCAUUAGUAUGACAUUUGCUGUGUGUGGAUACGUAACGUUCACAGGUUAUACACAAGGAGACCUAUUUGAAAAUUAUUGCAAAAAUGAUGAUUGGGUUACUGCUGGAAGGUUUCUGUUUGCAAUAACCAUUAUUUUGACAUUCCCAAUUGAAUGCUUUGUUACACGUGAGGUUAUUGGAAACUUAUUUUUUGGAGGAACACUGUCAACAAUUUUUCAUUUCUUUGUAACCAUCUGCAUUGUUGCUGCAGCCACAGCUAUUUCAUUAGCCUAUGAUUGCCUUGGAAUAGUUUUGGAAUUAAAUGGUGUGAUUGCUGCUACUCCACUGGUUUUCAUCAUUCCAACAGCAUGCUAUCUAAAACUCUCUGAAGAGUCGUGGUAUAAUUGGGAUAGUGUUCAGUCUUGUAUUAUCCUGAUUACUGGUAUAUUAGUGAUGAUUGUAGGGUUUGUAAUGGCUGUCAUGUUUCCAAAAGAAUGCAGUCAUGGAAAGGAGAUGUUUUACUGCAUGCCUUCAAAUUCAUCUCUUUACAAUAUUACAUUCCCUAUCAAUGAAACGGUCAAUCAAUCUCCAGUGUUCAUUACCAACAUAUUAUAAAAUAUGAGAAUCUGUGCAGUGGUGCUGAUCAAUAGUUUGUUGAUUUCUGUUGCAAUAUAACAAAUGUGCUGUUAUUUUUCGAGUAAAUGUAAAAUUAUGUCCUCUACUUUAUGCCAAAGUUUGCAACCUGUUUAUUUAUUGUUGAAUGCUUUUGUUUAUUGUCAAUAUUUGAAACAAGUAGACACUAGCUUCCCCUUUUGUAAGUGAAGCAAAUUGAAUCAGAGGACAUUGAUUAAUCAGUAAAUGUUUGAUCUACCAAUGAAUGAUAAAGCU